CCUGCAAAAAAACACCCAUAAUCUGGAUUAUUUCAUAAUAAAAUUAAAAUCUUCAGAGAUUUAACAAAAAAUCAAUAAUUUUUAUAAAACUAAUUAAAUAACAACAAUAAAAAGCACAAUGGUUUCCAGAAGAAAAAUACUCUCACGUUCUAGAGAUGAUCUGAAUUUGGAUCAGACAUUUAGUCCACAAGAAGAGGAAGAAGAUGUUUGGUAUCAAAAAGAUAAAUUAUACAAAGAACACAUACAGGAAGUUCUAGACAAAUGGACCCAAAUCGAUGAUGAAAUUUGGGCUAAAGUAAUUGUCUUUGAGCGUAAUCGUCGUGUGGCCAAAGCCUAUGCCCGAGCACCAGUAUUAACCAUUAACGGUUCAGAUGAUGGCUUUGAUGGCAUGAGAAUCGGCUUAUGUGGUUUUGAUAAUCCCAUGCGAGAUCCAAAAACUGAAGAAUUAAAAAAACAUAUUGGCCAAGGCGUUAAAAUAAAAAUGGAUGAUGCUGGCAACAUAUUGAUAAGACGUUAUGCCAAAAGUAAUGUUUAUGUCAAAAGUACAGCCAGCAAUCAAAAUGAGGAAACGUCCAUAGGUGCCGAUAUCUUAAAACUACCAAAUCAGGCACUAGAAAGUGAAAAAAUAGUCAAAUUAUUUGAUAUGAAAAAGUUUCAAUCAAAUGUUAAUCGCGAAUUGCGACGAGCCUAUCCAGAUCGUCGUCGCUUGGAAACACAAUGUUUGUCGGCGGUAGGUUUUGUUAAAUCCGAAAGUGACAUAUUAGAAUGUCCCAUAUGGGUAUUGAUUGUAAAUGUUGUUGCAAUGGAUAUGCUCAAAUCUAAAUUGCCACCAGUGCAACGUCCUAUUGUGGAUAUUAAAAAUCGUCCUAGAAUACCGAUACCCGAUGAAGAUCCCUACAGUGUGGCGGGCAAUGGCAGUGGCGGCAGUUCUGGUAGCUCUGGUUUUGGUGCUAGUGCAAUGAGUAGUAUGAUGUCGUUGCAACAGCAGCAACAACUUUUACAGCAGCAGCAACAAUCACAAAGUAUGACAGGUAAUAAUGGCAACAACACAGGCAUCAUUACAAAUGGCAGCGGCAGCACAAAUACACUGCAACAUUUGAAUAAUGGCAUGGUAGCUGCUAUUAAUGGCAGUGGUCAUGUUGCUGCCACCAGAGAACAAUUGAUAAUGCAAUCGCAACAAUUGGCUCAUAAACGCAGUGAGAAACCACCAAAAUUGCCACCAAGAGAUAAUAUCUAUGGACAUGAUAUACCUAAGCCCGACUAUGAUGACAUCGAAUUGGAUACACGUAUUAAAUUGUCACGUGGUAAAUCGGAUAAAGGCAAAGACAAUAAAAAAUAUGACGAUCCCUACUAUUGUGGUCUUCGUGCACGUGUGCCAAACUUUGUGAAAUCAUCCUCAAAGUCGGCUAAAGAAGCUCAGGCAGCAGCACUUCAGAAUGGCUCAGCGGCUCAACAACAGCAACAACACAUGAAUACACUAACAAACCAAAAGAAGACUUCGGUGAUGAUGCCCAUGCAUCCCGCAAUGCAUGCACCACAACCACCACACAUGCAUCCCCAUCACAUCCAGCAACAACAAAUGAUGGCAGCUGUAGCUCAUGCUGCAGCCCAGCAACAGCAGCAGCAGCAACAGCAUCCCAUGCACCAUCAUCAUGUUCAGCAUGCGGCAGCGGCAGCGGCCCAACAAAUGUGGCAGACACGCAGUUAUGAAAGCGGCAUAGAUGCAGAUAUUGUAGAGUCACCUUAUAAUCAUAUUUAUGGACGUUUGCCUUUGCCAACACGAGGUUAUAUACCGACCCCACGUAGCAUGUAUAUUGGUGAAUGGGAUUGAUAGAAUUUUCACAGAAUCAAAAAUUUCAAAUUUAUGAGAAAAAUUCAAAAGCAAACAACUUUUAAACACACAAAAGAAAUGGAUGCAUCAAGGAGAUGGAAUAUUAAUUUAGUUUUAAGUUAAAUUAAACAAAAAUAUUCAUUAAAAAUAUAUAUUUUUGCUAUUUGUAAAAGAAAAUAUGUAUUUGCAAGAGAUUAUUUUAUCUACAUUAUAAUUAAAUCUUUUUAAAAUAUUUCUUAAAUUAAUAAUAAAACGCCAUUAAUUUUAUAAUCAUCAUUAUUUCAAUGUAUAAAAUUUCAUAACUUUAAAUAAACACUAAAAAAACAACAA